CUUCCUUCUCACUUCUCAUCAAACUUCUCCACUCUCUCCACUCUCAACACAAAUCCUCUCUCUCUCUCUACUAAACUUCUCUCUUUCUUCACUCUGCUGAGUGCUUGACUUCCUAAAAUCUAAUUUUCGUCUCUCUUAUCUUCAUCAAUGGCACUCGAGACCCUGAAUUCUGCAAUCACCUUCCCCUAUCCUCCCCACACGCAGGCCGCCUCGACGUCGGACUCGGACCCAGAAGCACCCAGGUCGGAGCCAUGGCUCAAGAGGAAGCGCACCAAGCGAACCCACCACAGAUCAGAGGAAGAGUACUUGGCCCUCUGUUUAGUCAUGCUGGCUCGAGGCGGGCACGCUUUUCCUGAACCCACAUCGAACCAGAGCGAACCGAGUCUGGCUUACAAGUGUGGCGUCUGCGAUAAAGCCUUCUCCUCUUAUCAAGCCUUGGGCGGCCACAAAGCGAGCCAUCGGAAGCUCAUGGGUGCGACUGCCGACCCCACUUCUGCGGGCUCGAGCCAGAGGACCAGUGGGGCAAACAAGGUGCAUCAGUGCUCUGUUUGUAAUAAGAUGUUCGCUUCGGGUCAGGCUCUUGGUGGUCACAAGAGGUGCCAUUGGGAUGGUGGGGUUUCGGGCUCGACCGACGGCGGUUCUUCUUCGAUCACAGGAGGGAUUAGAGAGAGAGAAACCGGGCUUUUCGAUCUCAAUUUGCCUGCUCAACCUGAGAGUUGGGCCGAUUUCAGGACUUACUAUAAAGGGCAUAAUGGCGACGAGGAGGUGGAGAGCCCCUUGGCUGUGAAGCCCAGGUUGUUUUAUUAGGGUUUUUUUUGGGUGAGAGAGAAAGUUGGGGGUCUUGAGUUUCUCUCUCUAGAGAGAAGGGGGGUGCAUUUUACAUGGACAUUUCAGUUACUGUUACUUUUGGCUUCUCUUUGGAUGAGAGAGAAAGUUCAGGCUUUGGUUCUUGCUUUUCUCUCUGUCAGUAGUUCUAGACAGAAGGGGGGCAUGGUACAUGGGUUUACACUUUACUAUUCAAUUCAUUGGGGUCAAUGUUUAUCUCUCUACAGUGGCCAUGGGUUUGAUUGCCCUUUCUAUUCUUUGUGUACAGAACCAUCAAUUCUUUGUGAAUGGUAGUACUGGUUCUUUGAUUUCA